AUGUCCAAGGCCAUUGUCAAAACUACUUUCGAGGCGUCUCGCACGCUGCGCCCUAUUUAUACCGGUGGCAGCACGUCGCUCGACGCUAGCGGUCGCAUCUUGUUAACUUGCGUGGGUGAAGAUGCUUUGAUUGUGGAUCUAGAAACUGGUGACCAGCUUGCCAGUUUGGAAGGCGAUGGGGAAAUCAUAACGAGUUUGGCUAUUUCGCCCUCUGCGUCGCACGCCGUUGUCUGCUCCCGGUCAAUGUCUAUGCGAAUCUACUCGCUAUCGCCUUUUGAUGAAUCCUCUAAGACUAUCGAGGCGGAACUCGUCCGGACCUUGAAGCCACAUGUCGCCCCAGUCAUCUCAACCACAAUCGACCAAUCCAGUACUCUCUUGGCUACUGGUGCUGCUGAUGGCAGCAUCAAGGUUUGGGAUAUCCGGGGUGGUUAUAUCACACAUAAUUUCAAUGACCGGGGGAUCAUCUCUGCGCUCUGCUUUUUCGAGGUUUCCACUUCGGAGGAUGCCAAAACAGCCACGAAGAAGAAGUCAAAGAAGCAGGCAUCCAGGUAUGGAGACGAGGAUAUGGAGGAUGCUGCUACCACCGCUACAGAUUCUACUGUGGGAUUCCGAUUGGCGAGCGGCUCUGAGGAGGGUAAAGUGCGCGUGUGGGAUUUGCAUAAGAGAAAAUCCAUUGCUGCACUCGAGUCGCACGUCUCUUUAGUGCGCAGCCUAUCGUACUCUCCGACAGAGAAUGCUCUCCUUUCUGCGUCCCGUGACAAGACUGUUAUCAUUUGGGACGCACGAACAUGGAAGACACGCCGAAUUAUCCCCGUUCUUGAAAGCGUUGAGGCUGCCUCUUUCAUCGCCGAUAGUGGGCUGUGCGUCAUUGGUGGAGAAAACGGCAAGUUGCGAGUAUGGGACUGCAAUCGAGGAAGCGAAGUCACCGCAGAGCAGGAGGCUGGUGAGGAGUUUGAGACCAUCGUGGCCAUCCAGUACUCCCCGGGUCUGCCCUUUGUCAUGACCGUUCAUGCGGACCAGACGAUCCGUCUCCACUCCGUCGAGCUGCUGUCUGAUUACAAACCUGGAUCAACCGUUGAGCCAUUGGAGAUUACUCGACGAAUUUCUGGAAAUGAUGACGAGUAUAUUGAUCUGGCUUUCGCCGGCCCUGAUCGCUCGAUGCUUGCUCUCGCCACGAACACAGAGAGCAUUCGAUUGGUGUCUGUGGCUCCCUCGGAGGACCGACCUUCCGCUGAUGGCGAGGAGUUCUUCGGUGCCGACAUUCAUCAUUUGGAAGGCCAUGAGGAUAUCAUUAUUUGCCUCGAUGUAGACUGGUCCGGUCACUGGCUGGCCACUGGAGCGAAGGAUAAUACAGCCCGCCUCUGGCGUCUCGAUCCUAAGACCUCUUCUUUCAAGUGCUUUGCGAUCUUCACCGGUCACGCCGAGUCAUUGGGUGCGAUUGCUCUGCCACGGGUGCCGCCCCCUGCCGGAAGUCCCGCCUAUAAUGACCCGAUCAACUACCCGCCAGCAUUCCUUAUGACUGGCUCCCAGGACCGGACCAUCAAGCGAUGGGAUACAGGAAAGCUGGGUCAGCUCAAGAGCGAUGAGCCACAUUCCCCUAAGGCUGUCUACACUCGCAAAGCUCACGAGAAGGACAUUAACGCCUUGGACAUCGACUCGGCAUCUGCUCUCUUUGCGUCUGCUUCGCAGGAUCGUACCGUUAAGAUCUGGGACGUUGAAGAGGGAGCUGCAGUUGGUAUCUUGCGAGGACACAAGCGAGGUGUCUGGUCGGUGCGAUUCGCUCCAAAGAACACUCCCAUUGUCAACACCGAGGAAGGAACUAGCACGAGCCGUGGCUUAGUUGCUACGGCUUCGGGCGAUAAGACAGUCAAGCUCUGGAGCUUGUCCGACUACACCUGCCUCCUCACAUUUGAAGGCCACACAAACAGCGUCCUCAAGGUGAUCUGGCUCCCACCUCCUCAAAUUUCUAAGAAUGAGGAGGACGAGGAGGACGAGGCAUCGGCCGGCAAGAAUGCCAAUCACACAAGGCCUCUUCUGGCUUCAGCCGCUGCUGAUGGGUUGGUCAAGAUCUGGAAUCCCUACAGUGGCGAGGCCGAGACAACUUUGGACAAUCACACAGACCGAGUCUGGGCUCUAGCUAGCCCAACACCAUCUGGUUCCAGAAACGAUGUCAAGCGAAGCUCUUCAAAGCUCAACAGUACACCCUUCGCCCUUGUCAGUGGAUCCGCUGAUUCGACAGUAACCUUCUGGACCGAUACAACCUCCGCCACAUACUCCGCUGCUGUGAAUGCCGAAUCCGAGCGGAUUGAGCAAGACCAGCAACUUCAAAACCACAUUCGCGCCGGCAACUACCGCGAAGCCAUCACCCUUGCUCUCCAACUGAAUCACCCUGGUCGCCUGCUGUCCCUUUUCACAGCUGCCAUUGAUGCUGCUGAGGACCCGACUCGAUCCGCGGAAGAACGCGCACUCGCAGCCAACAGCUUGUCCGGAAACCCUGCUAUCGACGAGGUACUGCAGACUCUCGGCACCUCUAACCUGCGUACGCUGCUCCUGCGUAUCCGGGACUGGAACACGAACGCACGUACAGCUCGUGUCUCACAGCGUAUCCUCUACGCUCUCUUCCGUUCAUACCCUGCCUCGACUUUCGUUGAGCUGGCUACGUCAUCCGUACAAGGCAAGAAUGGCCGUGCUGGAGGUGGCUUGAAGGACAUCAUGCAAGCCUUAGCUGCGUAUACGGAGAGGCAUUACAAGCGUAUCGAGGAGCUGGCUGAUGACAGCUACCUGGUCGAGUGGGUGCUGAAUGAGAUGGACGGUGGUGUCGGUCUUGGUGGUCUGAUGGACCUAACAAUCAAGUCUGAUAAUGAUGCCAAUGGAGACUUGGAAGAGCAUGAAAAGGAUGUGAUUAUGUUGGAGGCAUAA